GAGAUUAAAGAAAAGGGAGUAACAAGUUUAGAAUUGAGCAUGUAUUUGAUAAAGCGUUUAAAUUUUCAUGAUUGGAAAACAAUUAACAGGUUUGAAUUAUACGGAUAUAUUGAAAAAUAUUGAUUAUAUACUUUAUACUAUAACAUGUCAGGCGAUUGUUUAUAAUAGGUAAAAACUCUCAACUUACGAUUGGAAACAUCUGAAUACUCAUGAGAAAGAGUUGCGUGUAGUUUGGUCUCCUAGUCAACCACCAUCACCAUCGAAAGCGAUGUGUGAAUUUUCCUCUGGUGAUUCUAGUCCUUGUGAUGAUGAUCAAUAUUAAGCUAAAAUAGAAUUCAUUGGUACUAAAUUAUCAAUUCGUGAAAUAUGCAAUUCUGUUCUUAAUUCUAAUUGCUAUGAAAUUCGGAUUUUGGAACCAACAAAAACAGGAAAAUAUGAAAAGUUUAUCAUUUUAAUAUCUAUUUAGAAUCCCAUAGGAAUGGUAAAAUCAAAGAGAUAUUAUACUUUUUAAUUAUGAUCCAUCCCUUGAAAUUUGCUAAGAUAAACAUUCCAUUAAAAAGUAUUUAAAAGAAAAGUAAUUUUAUAUAAUUAAAUAUUAUUAUUAAAUAGAUUCAAAGAUUAUCUAUUUAUCACUAUCGAAGAAGUUCAAAAGAUUUAUUUGGCAGGAGAAUAAGCAUAUAUCAUAAAAAUAAAUGAAGAUAAAUCUGCUCAAUUUUUUUAUUACAAUAUGAGUAAGAAUCAACCUAAACAUAAAAAAUAUAUUGGGGAGAAUUUCUAAGUAAUUUUUAAUUAUUUAUAAUAAGGUUGGGAUCUUGAGAAAGAUCAGAGACAUAUAAGUUUAAUAUAGAGUGAUAAUGAGAUUCUUACCAAAUUAUUUUGUCAGAGAAAAAGUAGAAAGCAUUAUUUACGAAAGAAGAUAUGAUAAAUAAUAAUAGAUAGAUUUUAGAUAAUUAAGAGUAGAAGAGUUAUUUGAAUGUAAUAUCAUAUUACUAUAUUUAGUUGAAGGAUGCAAAUAUGGAAUUAUUUAUUGUGAUGAUUUAAAAUCUUCAUAAUAGAUUGUUGAUCUGCUUAAUAAGUAAUUUUUAAAUACUAUAAAUAAAAAAGAUAUUUCUUUGAAAGAAAAAUCUCUUAGCCAGAAAUAAUUGCAAUAAAUGAAGAGGGAAAAAGCAUUUCUUCAGUAUCUAAUCGAUAAGAAUAUUAAAAUUUCUUUUAAAUGAGUUAUGAUACAUAAAAACUGAUGAAAUAAAUAUUGUAAUAAGAAAUUGAUAAGGAGAUCUAAGAAAAAUAAGAGAGGAUAGAAAAAUAAGAGAGAUAAGAAAGAUUAGAUAAAUUGGAAAAAUAAGAAAAAUAUGAAAAAGAGAAAUAUGAAAAGGAAAAGGAAAAGGAAAAGGAAAAAUAACAAAGUGAAAAAAGUAUCUUUAAUAAUAACGAAAGAAAAAUACAAUUAAGAUAUUAUAAUUAGCACUGUAGAACUUAAUACCAGCAAAUAAUCAGAACGAUAAGAAAAAUAAUAUGAAAAAGCUAAUCAAAGUCAUCAUUAUUAUAAUAAUAAAUGUAAUAAGUUUAUUUAUAAUAUUUUAGAUGAUAGCAGAAACAACAUUAGAAGAUCUAGAUCAUAAUCAAGGAGAAGACGACACAGUUCUAGUGAAAGUUCUAAGUUAAAAUAUAUAAUUUAUUAUAUAACAGAAAAUAUUAUGAAAGAAAGCAUAGGUCGAAUCGAUAUGAGACAAAAAGAAGAUCGGGAUGGGAAAGCAAAACAAGAAAAUGAAUAAAUUUUACUGUAAUUUUAAAACAACAAAACAAAAACUCAAAAGGCAUUUCAAUAGACUAUUAUAUUAAAAAACUAAAAAGCUAAAAUUUGAAUUAAAACUCAAACUCAAAAAGUUCCUCUAAAUAUCAAACUAUAUUAAAU